GAUGCACUGAUUGGUCUAUCGAUAUCAAGAAAUAUCAAGUUUUGGUGGGAGAGCCUGUUCGAAUCAAAUGUGCACUCUUUUAUGGUUAUAUCAGAGCAAAUUACUCCCUUGCCCAAAGUGCUGGACUCAGUUUGAUGUGGUACAAAAGUUCUGGUCCUGGAGACUUUGAAGAGCCAAUAGCCUUUGAUGGAAGUAGAAUGAGCAAAGAAGAAGACUCCAUUUGGUUCCGGCCAACAUUGCUACAGGACAGCGGUCUCUAUGCCUGUGUCAUCAGAAACUCCACUUACUGUAUGAAAGUAUCCAUCUCGCUAACAGUUGGUGAAAAUGACACUGGACUCUGCUAUAAUUCCAAGAUGAAGUAUUUUGAAAAAGCUGAACUUAGCAAAAGCAAGGAAAUUUCGUGCCGUGACAUAGAAGAUUUUCUACUGCCAACCAGAGAACCUGAAAUCCUUUGGUACAAGGAGUGCAGGACAAAAACAUGGAGGCCAAGUAUUGUAUUCAAAAGAGAUACUCUGCUUAUAAGAGAAGUCAGAGAAGAUGACAUUGGAAAUUAUACCUGUGAAUUAAAAUAUGGAGGUUUCGUUGUGAGAAGAACUACUGAAUUAACUGUUACAGCCCCUCUGACUGAUAAGCCACCCAAGCUUUUGUAUCCUAUGGAAAGUAAACUGACAAUUCAGGAGACCCAGCUGGGUGACUCUGCUAAUCUAACUUGCAGAGCUUUCUUUGGGUACAGCGGAGAUGUCAGUCCUUUAAUUUACUGGAUGAAAGGAGAAAAGUUUAUUGAAGAUCUGGAUGAAAAUCGAGUUUGGGAAAGUGACAUUAGAAUUCUUAAGGAGCAUCUCGGGGAACAGGAAGUUUCCAUCUCAUUAAUUGUGGACUCUGUAGAAGAAGGUGACUUGGGAAAUUACUCCUGUUAUGUUGAAAAUGGAAAUGGACGUCGACACGCCAGUGUUCUCCUUUAUAAACGAGAGCUAAUGUACACAGUGGAACUUGCUGGAGGGCUUGGUGCUAUUCUCUUGCUGCUUGUAUGUUUGGUGACCAUCUACAAGUGUUACAAGAUAGAAAUCAUGCUCUUCUACAGGAAUCAUUUUGGAGCUGAAGAGCUGGAUGGAGACAAUAAAGAUUAUGAUGCAUACUUAUCAUACACCAAAGUGGAUCCUGACCAGUGGAAUCAAGAGACUGGGGAAGAAGAACGUUUUGCCCUUGAAAUCCUACCUGAUAUGCUUGAAAAGCAUUAUGGAUACAAGUUGUUUAUACCAGAUAGAGAUUUAAUCCCAACUGGAACCUACAUUGAAGAUGUGGCAAGAUGUGUAGAUCAAAGCAAGCGGCUGAUUAUUGUCAUGACCCCAAAUUACGUAGUUAGAAGGGGCUGGAGCAUCUUUGAGCUGGAAACCAGACUUCGAAAUAUGCUUGUGACUGGAGAAAUUAAAGUGAUUCUAAUUGAAUGCAGUGAACUGAGAGGCAUUAUGAACUACCAGGAGGUGGAGGCCCUCAAGCACACCAUCAAGCUUCUGACGGUCAUUAAAUGGCAUGGACCAAAAUGCAACAAGUUGAACUCUAAGUUCUGGAAACGUUUACAGUACGAAAUGCCUUUUAAGAGGAUAGAACCCAUUACACACGAGCAGGCUUUAGAUGUCAGUGAGCAAGGGCCUUUUGGGGAGCUGCAGACUGUCUCGGCCAUUUCCAUGGCCGCGGCCACCUCCACCGCUCUCGCCACUGCCCAUCCAGAUCUCCGUUCUACCUUUCACAACACGUACCAUUCACAAAUGCGUCAGAAACACUACUACCGAAGCUAUGAGUAUGACGUACCUCCUACCGGCACCCUGCCUCUUACCUCCAUAGGCAAUCAGCAUACCUACUGUAACAUCCCUAUGACACUCAUCAACGGGCAGCGGCCACAGACAAAAUCGAGCAGGGAGCAGAAUCCAGAUGAGGCCCACACAAACAGUGCCAUCCUGCCGCUGUUGCCAAGGGAGACCAGUAUAUCCAGUGUGAUUUGGUGACAGAAAAGCAAGGGACAUCCCGUCCCUGGGAGCUUGAGUGGAAUCUGCAGUCCAGUGCCUGGAACUAAAUCCUCGACUGC